AUGGCGGGAUCAAGGAUCGAAGAGCUCCCAGAUGACUUUGAUGAGUCUCUGUCAUUGAACAAGGCAGUGCGAGGCCCAGAAGCGCCUCCCAACAUCAACAAUGUCUCGUUGGAGGAUUUAUACGAAAAGCGCCUGGAUGGCAAGAACCCGAUAUCGGAUAAGUCAUUCGAGGAAGUCAUGUUUGAUAUGAGCAAGACACCUCUAUUCAUGAAUGAGCAGGACCUUGCCAACCAGACUGAGGAGAAUGAUCUGAUCGAAGCGAUCAAGGCGAUGCAGUAUGAAGGGACGAAGUCGGAAAUCGUCCAAGGCUUCAAAGAUCAAGGCAAUGAAGCAGUAAAGGAGAAGCACUGGGCGGAUGCCAAGGAGUUCUACACAAAAGGCAUCGCUGUCCUUAAUGCCAAAGAAGGCAAAUGGGACCAGCCGAAGCCAGAGGAGAUCGAGGACGAAGCACGAAAGGUUACCGCACUUCGCGAAGUGGUGUAUGUCAAUCGUGCUCUCUGCCAGUUGGAGCUACGCAACUACCGAUCCACCACGCUCGACUGUGCGCAAGCCUUACGAGUCAAUCCACGCAACGUGAAGGCCCAUUACCGAAGUGCUUCAGCUCUGCUGGCCCUCGAAAAGAUACACGAAGCUCUCGAUGUUUGCUAUCGUGGCCUCAAGAUUGAUGAGACAAAUGUGGCCUUAAAGAAGUUGCUCGACAAGAUCAGAAGCAAAUCAGAAGCACUCGAGGCCCGAGAUCGGAAGCGACGAGCAGAGCAACAGAGGAGGGAACAGGAGCGAAUCGUAUUGAGGACUGCACUAGCAGCCAGGGAGAUCAAAAUGAGAGGAUCCGACAAGCCGCCUGACCUGCAAGAUGCAAUGAUCAAGUUAAGUCCCGAUCCACUGAGUCCAAAGAGCAUGUUGGAAUUCCCUGUCAUGUUUCUGUAUCCGCUGCACAACCAGACAGAUUUUGUCAAGGCGUGGGCGGAGAAAGACGCUAUGUGGCAACAUCUGAGCUACCUUCUGCCGCUUCCUUGGGAUGACAAGGGCGAGUACAAGGAGGUAGACUGCUACAUGGACACGAGGACUGGAGGUUUGAUCAAGGUUGGGAAAAAGUUAACGUUGUUGGAGCUGCUGACGAAUGGCAAGACCGAGAUCGUAGAUGGCCUGGUCAGGAUUUAUGUGUUACCCGUUUCUCGUGCCAAAGAAUGGAUAGAGGAUGUCAAGGCAAAGAAGGAGAAGAACGCAAUGCGAUCGUGA